AUGCUCUGGAUCAUCUUCAUCACUGCAUGCACCCUAGUUCUCCAAAUCGAGUCUCUGCUCACCGCCCAACCACCGCUAUUCAGUCUCAAUACCAUCUCGAUCGGUCCACUGCCCAACAUCACCGCCACCACCUCUUCAAUUGCCCUUUCUACUCCACUGCUGCGGAUUCCAGAUUUCUAUGUCGCAAACGAAGGCGACAACGACUCCCCACCCGACCGCCCAGGUUUCACAGACCCCGACGCCUCGCUCAGAUUCACGGUGCCAACAACACCUAGAUCAACAGUCAUCAUCACUCUCACAUCCGCCGCCGAUGCAGGCUCAGCAACCAUAACGAGUGCACAUACCAUGCCAACGCAGUACUUAAACCAAGUCCCCAAGAAUUGGCCAUACACAACCUUCGGGGUCGGCAGACGAGGAGAGACGGCGACGUGGGAUCUAACAGAUGGUGAGGGAAAGACGGUGGGCGUUGUAAAGCAUGAGGUAAGAUGGUUUCCGAGGCCGUUGUGGACGGGGGAGGGGAUGUGGUUGGAGAGUUGGAGGUCGACGUUUGUGGUCACUGGGGGCGAGGGUACAGAGACUGGGGGCGUGAGGUCGAGUCGGACGAUGAGUGGGGUGCUGCCAGCGGUCGAGACGAAGACGUAG